CCAAAGAGAUUUCAAUGGCUUGGCAUGUGCAAUUUGUGGCCGCCCGCAAGUUGGCGGUUAUAGCUAAGCUAACUUGUUAUUGACAUGCAACAUAACCUCGCGUUGGUGCGAUUUCCAACUGGAAUGGGCGCUAGUGCGGCAGGCUGUGUUUGUUCACUGCAGAUGUAGUAUCAUUUCUGGAGUGUGAACGCUUACAAUAAGGGGUGGCUUUUUCAACAUCAAAGAGUUGGCAGACCAACAUCAAACAUCACCAUACUUUCGAGUCCAAUUUUCCCACCAAGGACCUUCCGCUUACAUCUUCAUUUAUCUUGCGGGUUGACAUCUCUAGAUUAUUUGAACCCCUAUCUUAUGCUCUAGCUGAGUUUCAAUAUCCGUUUGGCCUCACUUAGCCUACUGUUAAGAUUGCUCCACGCCACAAUCGUUGUCGGACGCAACAAUGCCAUCCUUUCAGCCUAUUAGCUUCGAUAAUUUUUUCAACGUCAUUGACGGGAAACUCACCAGCACUGAAACUACGCGUCGUUCGGUGAAUCCCUCAACCCUGAAAAACAAUCCUGAUGUCCCCCUCAGUACGAUUGAGGAUGUUGAUAAGGCCGUCCAGGCUGCCAAAAAGGCGGCAGAAUCCUGGGCUCAAGUGUCUUGGGAAGACCGCAAGAAGGCCGUGGAAGGGUUCGCGUCCGCUCUUGAGGCUCAAAUAGACGACUUUGCCGCGUUGAUCACCAGAGAGCAAGGCAAACCGUUCCCUCGAGCUCAACUAGAGAUGAGAACUGGAGUUGAGUGGAUUCGUGAAUUUUGCCAGCUCUCGCUUCUAGAAACGGUGAUUGAAGACAACAGCACCCGUCGGAUCUCGACGCGCUACACGCCUCUUGGCGUCGUUGCGGCGAUUAUCCCCUGGAAUUACCCCGUGCACCCUCUAGCAUGCGGCAAGAUUGCACCUGCAUUGCUGACAGGCAAUGUCAUGAUUUUGAAGCCAUCACCAUUUACUCCUUAUUCCAACCUUAAAUUAGCGGAGCUAGGGCUACAAUUCUUUCCUCCCGGUGUGCUUCAAGCCCUUAGUGGUGACGAUAGGCUGGGACCAUGGAUGACGGAACAUCCCGAUAUUGACAAAAUUGCAUUUACUGGGUCGAUUGAAACCGGAAAAAAGGUCAUGGAGAGUUGUAGCAAGACUCUCAAGAGGGUUACUCUCGAACUCGGAGGCAAUGACCCAGCCAUCGUAUGUGCAGACGUGGACCCGGCUGCAAUUCCUACCAUCACAGGUAUUGCGUUCGAUAACGCUGGGCAAAUAUGUUGUGGAAUUAAGCGCCUUUAUGUUCAUGAAUCCGUGUAUGACACGGUCGUGGCAACAUUGCUCGCUGUAUUGCCGCACUUGAAACUAGGUGAUGGGUUCGCGGAUGGCGCCUUUAUCCCUCCUCUUACUAAUGUACAGCAAUUCGAACGCGUGCGAGAGCUGCUCUCUGAAGUUGAAAGGACCGGUCUUAAACUUAUAGCCGGAAGUACUAAGCCAACGCCGGGAGCCGGGAAAUAUACUGGCUACUUCGUCGCUCCAACUGUCAUCGACAACCCGCCCGAGGACUCAAAGAUCGUCGCCGAAGAGCAGUUUGGUCCUGUAAUUCCCAUCAUCAAAUGGACUGAUGAGGAGGACGUGAUUAAGCGAGCGAAUAAUACCCGAUAUGGCCUUGGGGCUUCUGUAUGGACACAAGACAUCGCCCAGGCAGAACGGAUGGCUAGUAAGUUACAGGCUGGAACAGUCUGGAUCAAUAGCCAUGCCGAACUUGGUGCUAGCUACCCGUUUGGUGGCCAUAAAAACAGCGGCCUCGGAGUAGAAUGGGGUAUUGAAGGGAUGAAGUCAUAUUGCAAUAUUCAGACCAAACUGGUUAGGUCAAGUCCCUGGGAUGGGAAGUCUUAGUAUCCCGCCUUCAAAGGACCAGCAGAAGUACUAGAUACCUAGGUAGUUACAGCUUCUAUAUUUUAGGGUUUGACUUGUAUUUGCAACAGAAUUCAUAUUCCUAUGCUAUUUCUGCGUGUUGGGAGUCUAAUAAUAAGAUCGAGUAUUAUCUAUUUCAUCUCCUGUAACAUGGUCCGUAUGAGCCCGCCGCGCUAAAGAAGGUCGGGGCUUUGUUAUAGGCAGCAAUCUAUAGAAUUAC